AUGAACCAGGCCUCCAGCACCCCUCCAAUCAGACUGCCCACAGGAGACCCAGACGAGAACUAUGAGCUGGAGAUCGUCAUCCGUGUGACCGAUGCACUAGGUGCUUUUAGCGUCACAAGAGCCACAACGAAUGUAAGACCACCAGAAAAUAUUGAAGAGUUGGUGGAAGCCGUUCUAGAUGACGUGGACGUCAACAACCUACAACAGACUACGUCAUCAAUCGCCAGUGUGGCGUCUGUGCUAAACGUUGCCGUCGGAACUGACGUCGACAAUACAAAAGCGGCUUAUACCAACACACGUGAUCGGAUGAUGCAAAUUCUGGAGCAGGUUCAGGUGCAGGACGUGCAGCAGGUGAAACAGGUGUCAGGCACGCUAGCACACGUGACUAACAAGCCUGAAGAACUGUCGGAUGGGUCUCAGGUAAGAGCAGCUGACACUUUAAAGACGUUAGGAGAAGUGUUGACGACUGAGGCAUCAGAGGUUGGAACGGAGGAGCUGGAAGGCGUAGCGGCUCAACUUUUCACAGGUGCCAUAAACAUUCUGGACGCUUCCAGUCAAAGCGUGGAGAGAGAGAAGUCCAAGACAAAACUGACAAACAAGACUACAGACUUCCAAAAGAACGAGCAGGCAGUCACCACCGUUUUCGAAACUAUCGACGAGUUGUCUUUCACGAUGAUCUCGCGAAAGAACCGAGACGAGAAGCCGACUCUGGUCCAGGCUAAGGAGUUCCUGAUGUCCCUGGCGAGGUCCAGCUGUGACGGACUCGGGACGCGGGUAAUACAGACCCAGGAAAAAACGAAGGCGUACUUUGAAAUUCCAGAGAACAUUACCUCGAAGCUUUGUGUCAACGGAACUGUCAGAUCUCAGACUUACUUUGCACCACGAAACCCUUUUGAAUAUGGAAAUAAUGCCGAGGAUGUCAAGACCACGAUUCUGGGACUUUCUGUUCUCGGCGAAAGGCAGAAAGUGCUUGUCAGUAACCUAAAGGAGGAUGAACGUAUCGAGUAUAUCAACCCAAUAUCUCCUGAGAAACCAAUAAUUGUAAACGGCAAUGCAACGUCAUCUAACAGCAGGCAAAUAGCGAUACACAAUUUCACCACAACAGAACCAGGUGUUGCUUUCUACAUCCGCGUCAUCCCUGACGUUCCCAACAAAGACGUAAACGUCACGUUAAGAACUUACCUGAAACGUGGUGCGGUGGUCUCACCUGUUGACUAUAGUCACAAUGCAACCCUAACAGGUAAUGGAGUCUCUACACAGCCGUACACGUGGUUCCUGAACCAGGAAGCUUUAAACACCGGAAGUGGACGAGAAGUUUGGACAAUAGGCCUCCAGCGGAUCCCAACCACUGACGAGAACGGACAGACGUCAGACUCCAGUGUUUCGUACACCAUGAGCAUCACAGCAUCCAAAUGUCUCUUCUUCGACGAGUCGUCAAGUCUUUGGACCGACAGGGGAUGCGAGGUUGGGCCGCAGACGACAGAUGAGCAGCUCCACUGUAUCUGUGACCACCUGACAGCCUUUGCUGGUUUUGUUGCGCCCAACCCGCUGGACUUGGGCAGUUCCUUCACCUUUGACCUGGACAGAAGUCUGAUAGCCCUGGUGACCGUGUGCGUCGUGAUGGCCUUGUACAUCGUGGCUGUCUUCAUCGGGAGAAGCCUGGAUGUUGAUGAUAAACGAAGGCGUGAAUACAGACGCCAGCGUAAGAGAGAGAACAGGGUCCAACAGCAAAGAGUAUACAAGAAUGUACCCCAGUCCACAACGGGAAAAAGUUUUAUAUCAGAACACCUGUGGAUAUCUGCUGUGAAACCCCCAUCCAACCACUUCACCCGUGUGCAGAGGAUCUCCUGUUGUCUGUGCCUCCUCAUGUCCUUCAUGUUAGUCAACAUCAUGUUCUACCGGGGAGACAGGAACUUCGUACCCAGGGUUACCGGAGGGAGGGUCCAACUGGAGCAACUGUUCAGCUGGGACACGUUCAUCAUCGGCCUGGAGAGUUCCUUAAUCGCCUUACCAAUCAACGUCAUCGUCGUGGUGCUUUUCCGUUACGCCGGGCCACGUCACGACACGUCAUCGCCAGCAAAUGGGCUCAUCCGGAAGGGCAAGGAAAACUACGUCACUCCACAGAAGGAUCGAGCCGUGGAUCUACCCCAUUACUUGCCCAGAAGGAACGGGACGGAGUACACUGCAUAUCCUUCCGCACAUAUCGAGAAGUUUAAAAAAGAAGGAGGUAAGCUUCAUACUUGA